GGCAGCAGGAGUAGCGGUAUUUGGCGGCAUAGAGGAUGCGGCGGCGGUGGUGUCGGCAGCAGCAGGCGGAGGAGCGGGGAGCGAUGCGGUGCUGCGCGGCGGGGCCGUGGCCGCACAGCGCCCUCACCACGCUCCUGCUGACAGCUUUUUUGCUAAGCUCUGCUGAUGGCAAUAAUGGAACUGUUAACUGGACGACUAAGAGAGCCCACAGUUAUGUUAUCAGCAGAAUAAAGGCUGUUCAGAAGAAUGUGUACACAAUUCUGUCUAAGGUGCACUCUGAUCGGAAUGUAUACCCUUCUGCUGGAGUUCUGUUUGUUCAUGUUUUGGAGAGAGAGUACUUUAAGGGGGAAUUUCCUCCUUACCCAAAGCCUGGUGAAAUAAGUAAUGAUCCUAUAACAUUUAAUACCAAUUUAAUGGGUUACCCUGACAGACCUGGAUGGCUACGCUACAUACAAAGGACACCAUACAGUGAUGGAGUGCUGUAUGGCUCACCAACUGUAGAAAACGUGGGCAAGCCAACCAUCAUUGAGAUCACUGCAUAUAACAGGCGUACCUUUGAAACAGCAAGACACAAUUUGAUCAUUAAUAUAAUGUCAGCAGAAGAUUUUCCUUUACCAUAUCAAGCGGAAUUCUUCAUAAGGAACAUGAAUGUAGAAGAAAUGUUAGCAAGUGAAGUUCUUGGUGACUUCCUCGGAGCAGUGAAAAAUGUAUGGCAGCCAGAACGCUUGAAUGCUAUAAAUAUUACUUCAGCCCUUGACAGGGGAGGGAGAGUUCCACUUCCAAUUAAUGACAUGAAAGAGGGUGUGUACGUGAUGGUUGGGGCAGAUGUUCCUUUCUCCUCGUGUUUACGAGAAGUGGAAAACCCACAAAAUCAGCUGAGGUGCAGUCAAGAAAUGGAGCCUGUAAUAACCUGUGAUAAAAAAUUUCGUACUCAAUUCCAUAUUGACUGGUGUAAAAUCUCUCUGGUUGACAAUACAAAACAAGUUUCCACCUUUCAGGAAGUGAUUCGUGGAGAGGGAAUAUUACCUGAUGGUGGAGAAUACAAGCCACCUUCUGAUACACUGAAAAGCAGAGACUAUUACUCGGAUUUCCUAAUUACACUGGCAGUGCCCUCGGCAAUAGCACUGGUGCUUUUCCUAAUACUUGCUUAUAUCAUGUGCUGCCGACGGGAAGGAGUGGAAAAGAGAAACAUGCAAACACCAGACAUCCAGCUGGUGCACCACAGUGCUAUACAGAAAUCAACCAAAGAGCUUCGUGACAUGUCCAAGAACAGAGAGAUCGCGUGGCCGCUUUCCACGCUGCCCGUGUUUCACCCGGUGACGGGCGAGAUCGUCCCGCCCCUGCACACGGACAGCUACGACAACACCAGCAUGCCUCUGAUGCAGACACAGCAGAACCUGCCACAUCAGACUCAGAUUCCACAGCAGCAGAGUGCAGAAGCUGUAUGUUCAUCAGGACAUUGCAUUGUAAGCAGAAAACUGCGUCUGCUUUAAAAUUGCUAAGUGCUGGCUACAUUUCCUUAGCUGAGGUUCCUGAAGUCUCUGCUAAGAGAAAUUUGAGUAGUUUUGGAAUUUAAGACUGAGGAUAAAAGGAAUCUGUAAAAUGAGGUCAUUUUGUAUAAAGACCAAAAUAGUUGCUCUUGUUUUUGUGGUUUUUUGUUUGUCUUUGUUUUUCUCUUUUUACAGUUAUGACCCAGUUCUGUCAAAUAACAGAACCUUAAUUUACCUUAAUUUUUAAGCACCAUUGACGUGUUUGUAGGCUCGGACCUGAAUGCAGGAUCUCAGCAGAUAGAACAAGUCCUGAGCUGCUUAGACUAAUUUUGAGCACCAACUAUGAUAACUAUGGCAGCAAAGUAUAUAAGCAGUGCUCAGUAUGUGGUACCUACUUGUAUAUUGUCAGACCUCCAGAAUCAGUUUACAAAGCUGCUCUGCAUGCUCAGCACAGCCCACCAGAUGUGGCAGCAAAUCCUGCUGGUGGUUGUUCGACCAGGUUGUUAGACCAUUCAAGCUGAGAAGUUAAAGGCAGAUCACGAAACAGGUGGAAUAAAGAGCCAUUCCUACUCACUUUCCAAGUGGCAUCCAUCAUGCCUUCCUACCUCAUCCAAAAGAUACCAGGGAAGAGACUUCACCAGUCAAUCAGCCUCCUCAGAGGCACCCCCCCUUCUUUCCAGCAGCUUGGAUGGUUAUCAGUGAAAAGCCAAUCACAAAACUGCACACUGAGGUUUAUAGCAAACUAAACAUUUUCAUCUCUUACCCAAGCUGAAAAAAAAAAACUGAAGUACAAUCAGCAUUUAGCUUCUAUUAGUUUAUACUAUUUUCAAAUGUAUCAGCUGUCAGUGUUUUGAAACCAAAAUGAAUGGAGUGGAUUUUAAAUAAUGAUUUUUAAUGCAAUGUAGGAUUUAAACUUUGUAAAUAGUUCUGGGUGUGCAUCAUAGUAAUUUCUGAUAACUCCAGGAUGACAUGACAAUCAAUGGAUCUACCAGCUGAGCUGCUCCCACCUUAUUUGUACUAAUGUAACAGUGCUGAUAUAUUUAAGGAAAUAACCUGUUACAUACAUGCAUAAAGAAUCUGUUUGUAGCAGUGGAGGCUCCGCCUAUUUUGAAAAUAACCUAAUGAUGUAGGUUGGCUAUUAAGAACCUGAACUAUUUUAUGAUUGAAAUCUUCAUUUAUCUGAGGUAAGUUUAAUAACAAAUUAUUUAUUUUUGCUUAUUAAACAAUUACUCUGAAAGCAUAGAUUUAUAAAGCUGGUUAAAGACAAUGGCUAAAGAAUUAUUAGUAAUUAAGACAGUAAAUUCACAGCCUCUUUUAACAUUAUAUGAUGGCAAUAUGAAUUGAUAUUGUAUUAAGUUUCAACCAAAUUAAACAGAAAGCCCUACACAUCUCUUUGUACAUACAUGAAAUGUAUAAUCUAAUAAAACAGAAAACACAAAGUAGUGAAGUUGUUGCCUGAUUAUUUUACAAAAGGGUGCCUAAACAACAUUGUUACAGCUGAUAAUGUUCCAGCCACAAUACUGCACGGUCAGGUCUGAGACCUGGGCUAGAGGAAAUGGUGUGGGAUUUGUUUAACUGGGGAUAAUGCCUGACUGGAUGCCGUCACUGGAGAGGGUUUGCCACACUUAAUAUCUAAUGUGGGCCCCUGAACUGUGAUUCUCCUUGCUGAUAAAAUCAGGAGCUUUGGGGAGCACAGAAUAUGCUGAGUUGGGAAGGGACUCAUCAAGAUCAUCAAGUCCAACUCCCAGCCGUGCACAGGACCAUCCCCAAGGGUCACAGCACGUGCCUGAGAGCA